CAUCGUUAUUAACCGUACAUUAGUGUUAUGUGCUAUCACGAAGAAGAAAAAUAAAACUUGAGUGUGCAUAGAAAGAAAAAAAACAAACGACACUACCUAUGUAAAUUUUCUAGUAAACAUAUAUAUAUUUAUAUAUACAUGUAUGUUGAUGCAUGGAUAUGUAUUGUAGAAUUGCUUAAACUAAAAAAACAUGGCAGAAAACUUUGAAAGAGAUAUUCCAACAAUGUACACAAACGAAGAACCAAAAAAAGCUGGUCAGCCACUUUCUGAUUUCCUUUUACAAUUAGAAGAUUAUACGCCAACGGUACCUGAUGCUAUUAGUGAACAUUAUUUGCACACUGCUGGCUUUAAUUCUACUGAUCCUAAAAUAGUGCGUUUAGUAUCAUUAGCUGCUCAAAAAUUCGUAUCGGAAAUUGCAAAUGACGCUCUUCAACAUGGUAAAACACGUGGUGCUAAUCAAAACACAAAAACAAAAGGAAAGGAUAGACGUUAUAUGCUUACUAUGGAAGAUCUGACUCCUGCAGUUGCAGAAUAUGGCAUUAUAAUUAAAAAACCACAUUACUUUGUUUAACCAAUUUGCAUCAUGACUCUACUUAAAUUACUGUGUUCAGACAUCAGUGUCAUUCAACGGGUCAGGUUGACUCGUAUCACAGUUUUGUUAUUUUCGUUAACUUCUACAGUACAAGUGUUCUACAGUACAUGGUUAACUUUUAUAAAAAAUGACUUCGGGAUAGCUCACGAAGUUUAUUUGACAUGGUAUUUUAUCAAAUGAUCGAUGCAUAAGGUUGCAUCGCAAACAUUAUUCUUACAAAAACUGUUUCUAUUUAAACAAUAGUAUAUUACUCACCUAGGGAGAUAAAGUAAGAAAUGUCUCAGAGUACAUGUAAUUGUUGUCCGAGGCGAAGCCGAGGUAACAUCAAAAAAAUUUUUAAACUGUAUUUCUAUAAGAUUUUCAAAUUUUGACUUUAAAAUGUUGAUUUCCAAAAAACACGUACUGAUCGAUUUUCUUGAAAAUUUUUUCUAAAAAACUGUCAAUUAUCCCCCAACUUUUAAGCYUAGUCYCUUAAUAGGCAAUCGAUGGGAUCCAUUUUUUUCCGAUUUUUCAAAAUUUCAAAUUCCAACUUUUUGUAAUAAAAAAUUUCUAAAAAAAUUCUAUGCUCAGGAUUUACCAUAAAUAACUUACUGACACAGUUUUCAUCAUAAUUAUUAAAUUUUAUUUACACUAAACGAUUAUUAUUAUUUCACAUUUAUUUCCUUACACGUUUAAAUAUUUUAUAAAUACGAGAUUCACUGGAUGAUGAAAAUUCUUUAAAUCGCAAAGUAUCUUUUCCGUCUGGAAUGACACAAUGAUAUUUCUGCGUCCCUGUGAUUGUUUUUGCUUUUGUAUAUCGUUGAUCUAAUAAAAGUUUAGCCUGAU